AUGCAUGGGUAAGUUCCAGUAAUUUUCUCUUGUCGCGAGACCAAUCAGAUGGGGGGAAAACGUCAAGGUCAUCGCGCUGAUGGACGGGCAGCGAUGCGGUUAUGUAUUUAUUGUGUGUGUGCAAUCUCGGCACCCAUCUCGUUUUUCUGCAACGGUCUGUGGCUCACAUGUUUUCAUUGGCUCCUAUUUAAGGCUGAUGCGUGAUACAUGUUCAAGGUUAGCGACGGGCUAGUUGUAAUUAUUGCAAUUGGGCAGCUUGUUGAACGCAUUAUUCACCAGCCACGUGCUAUUCGUCUUGUUAUCUUCUUCCAGCGAGCUUAUCGCCGAAAGUGCGGCUCGGGUGAGUUGAUUUAUGCUCGCCACGAUCGCACCUUCCCUUAUGACACGCGUAGGUCGAAAGUAUAGGUAAUUGAUGGCCACACGUACUCUUCCAUUCCUUCGCUCUCUCUCGUAAACAGGAAAGAAACUCUUUGAGAAUUUGAAGUCAAGAGGAUUGGAGGAGGGUGGAUGUUAUCAGAUCAGAGAUUAAUACGUCAUCAUUUUUUAUAAAUUUGAAUCUGAACCUAGCCAUUAGAACGAGAUAGUUCAAAUAGCCUUUACAAAAAACUCGGUGAAACUGGGGCAACGCAGACUUGAAAGAAAUUGACACAAACUCACUGAAUUUUCAUAAAAAAUGAAUAUUUUUUACGACACCUCGAUUCGGCACAAGCACUUUUAUCGAUGCUUGUUGGCUUCGGACAUUGCGUAGUUUAAGCAAAAAAUCGCGAAUAGAAAAAUAAAUAAAAGACGGUGAUCUCCCCCCUCCUGACCAGCUGAAAUUCCCGCUGCACUUUGCGAACUAUUUAAAUACCCUUUUUUCGAAAAAUUGGAAGACAAUGGGGUCGGAAUCGGGGCGGCGCUGCAACAAUCCGGCUGGACGUGACUCAGGAAUCAGCACGGUUCUGCGCUGAGGGCACGAUCCCCACCGGCCCUUCCGCUGACCGGUUCCUGCGUCUGUUCGAUCUUCCGUUCCUUCAAGCCAUUUUUUUCGUCAAAACGAAGGGGGAAAAAUCGCCUUGCCCCCGUCGGUUGUUGAGAGCGGGUCCAGGGCCGGCGACGUCGUCUGAGGGCCCAGAUGCUAUCAGAUGCGCGCUUUUGCCGGUACAACGGGGAUCCCCGCUUUUUGUUGUGUAUGUUGGUCUUUUUAUUUUUUGGGGAGUGUUCGAUCCACCAAAAUAUGCGGGUCCUCGGUUCUUCCGGAAUUUUUUUUGGCCAUUCAGCUUGCUAGUUUACGGAAAUUAGCCAUGCCAAAAUUGCACAAAAAGCCCUUACUUGAACCUUCUGAUUUGUUCACUUCCUUUCCUUGUACUUUUUCGACUUUUAACGUCGCUAUUAAUGUAUCACAUAAAUCACCCGCAACGUUGUCGCUGAAUUAAUCGCCGAAAGUCGACAUUGACCCUCGGGAUUUGUAUUCUUCGACGUCUCCCCGCCCCGUUCCAUUAACCUGCAAAAAGGGAUCUUUGGAGGUGUUGCGUCGCGCCGCGUCCAGUACAAUUCCAUCUUUUCGAAGGAAAUCGGUUAAAGGCGUCUGUCUAUAAAAAGUGCGUGUGGCUCAUUUUUUCCAAAAUUUCCAGUUUUUUUGUAUUCGUCGGAGCAGCGGUUGACGGGCAAAUCUUAGGGCAACUUUUUGGGAUACCAUAUGAUUUUCUUUGAUUGUUUUCGAUGUGGAGGUGGUAGUUGAAAGUUUUGAUGAUAUUAUGCGUCAUUCCGCGCGUUUAUUUGCGGUAUUUUAGCGGUUUAAAUAGGCCGUCUACGAAGGGGACGUUUGUGUGUCGUGGCGCUGUUACAGUAAGAUUUUCAUUUUCUCGGUAAUGUUCCCAAAAGUUUAUGGAAUAAAAUCGAGUAGAUUUGGUGUACGUAAUGUGUGAGUGGGUAUCUUUCAUGUCAUAGAACAGAUUGAACCCCUUUUUAUUUUAUUUUUUGCAAAAAAAUUUGUUUACAAUCCUUUGCGGGUAACCCAUUUUUCGUCUCCAAAAAAAAACGCAAAUUCCCCAUCCUGAAUCCCGACUGACCAGUGGGGAUUCCACCCCGAAACUUUACCGCCGGCCCUUCGCAGUAAACACGGCGUGGGGGAGGGGCGGGGCCAGCGGGUUUAAAGGCUAAAAAAUUCCCUCGUUCGGCCCUCACCGAAUACUUUCAGCGAUCUCUAUUCGUCGACCGGCCGCGUCCCAUCGACGAGCGUGAUGCGUUGGUGGUCCCAUCAACUCAUCCGUGUGUUCAACGAGACGUUCAAUUGGGCCCAAACAGUCCCCACACCCUACAGUACACUGUUCCUCCUGCUCAUGGUGGGGAGUUUGGUCGACGCGGCGCCGAUGCAAAAGUCGCGGAUGCGGAGAUCCAUGGACCUAGGCCUGUUCAACUACAAGUGGACGGAGGACGAGGAGAGCUUGGACAGUAGUAGACAUCAGUUCGCAGUUGUAAGUGACCCGUAACAAGUCAUGUUGGCUGUGAAAUGAUUUGCAAAAAGAUUCCUUUUCAUGUCUUUCCAAUUUCAGAAAUAUUUACUGGAAUUCGGUCACUUAACAACGUCGCAUCCGACUCCGCGAGAGUUCCGAAAUGCGAUGAAAAGCUUUCAAGACAUGACCGGUCGAAAACAGACGGGCGUCCUCGACGAUGACGCCUACACGGAGAUGCGGCAACCGCGCUGCGGGAACUCGGACGUCUCCAGCAGCAACGAGCGGCGGAAACGGUUCGGUAAGCGGGUGUUUAUUUCUGUGCUCCUCGAUGGACUUUACACUCGAUGUAAACAGUUGCAAGUGUAGUGUCGAAAGGAACAAGUUUUGGAUGUGUGUAACUGUCGCCUCGAUGACAAGAUUCGAUGAUUAAACGGGCGGGUCUUUUUCAUGGGUGUUGAGAGUGUAAAAAGGGAUCGCGGGGUACUGUGUGUGUGUUGAUUAGGGCCACUGUUUCCGUAAUCUUUGAAGAUUUUGUCGACCUUGACUUUGCAGAUUCGCAUUCUGGAGCAGAGAUCACAGGAUACGUCGAAAAUUUCUUUUGACCCAAAAUUCACGCAAAAAGAAAAUUUUGCAGACCAUAUGCGAAUUUGCAAAGUGUGAAAAAUUAUGAUAAUCUCCCAUUAACCGGUUUGUUUACAGUCUACAUUGCUCGAUGGGAGAACCGCGUCCGCAAUAAUCAUCUCAAACUCAAAUGGUUCAUCCAGAACUUCACCAAGGACAUUCCCCGCGCUGACAUCAAGUGAGUUCAAGUCUCGAAAAAACGGUUUUUUGGGGGGAGAAAAAGUGACCGAAUGGUCAAGCGCAUGUCCUGGAAUUAGCUGCGGAAAAGGGCCGUUCGUGCCUGGGACCGGGCCUUCCAAAGUGCAGUCCGGCUCCAAGCACCGUUUAAUUACAUUUUUGUGGGCCCUCUGAAGGGAAGAUGAAACCUUUAUAAAAAGUUAGGUUGAGAAGUUCAAAGAAUGUGGGGGAAGAUGGGGUUUUUGUGGCGGGAUCGUAAGUGGUCUAUGUUUGGUUUCUUAACUUUUAUCCUUGUCUUUUUUUAAUGUGAUUUCUUAUGCUGUUAAUCUUGAUUUCUUAUCCAUCUGACUUAAUCACGAGCCGGAUUUGUGGCCGUCUUUUCGAUUAAAAAUAAUUCGGAACGUCGGGGUUUUUUGUCGGAAACGACCCUGACCCUAAACUCUUUGACACAGAGCUCGGAACGAGCGUCGGGAUAAGUUGAAUGACCUGAUUCCAGGCUGCGACCAGAAAAACAACAACACUAAAAGUCAGGGGUUUGCACGGAAAGAGCAGAAUGCGUCUUGCGGAAAACAUUUCGAAACACAAAAAAAUCGUUUGCGCAAAUUUUAAUUCAAUUUUUUUCAGAGCUACAGUAAGGAAAGCCUUCAAAUUGUGGUCAUCGCAAGCAAAGAUCAACUCAAUGGAAUCGCUGACGUUAGAAUUCGAGGAAGCUGACAACGCGGAUGAGGCCGACAUUUCCAUUCUUUGGGCUGAAGGCGAUCACGGAGACUCCAACAACUUUGACGGGCCGGGAAAUGACGGUGCCAACAUUCUGGCUCACACCUUCUACCCCAAUUACCACACGUCCAAGGGCAAUCUGAACGGAGACAUUCAUUUGGACGACUACGAGAACUGGCAUGUAAAUAAUUCGAAGGAAGGCGCCAGCUUCCCGCAUGUGCUCGUCCACGAAAUCGGCCACACUCUGGGCCUGGGGCAUUCCAAGAAACAGCAGGCCAUCAUGUACCCCAUCUACCCCAAGGAGAGUCUCGAUAUCAUGCAGUUGGAUCUGGACGACAAGUGCGCGAUUAAUUGGAGUUACGGUAGGUCGCCUAUUAAUAAGAUAAGAUGGAGACGUUAUCAGUCGAAUCUUGCAAACUGUCACGUCUUUCCGUCCUUCUGUAUGUCACGAGGUCAUCGUCAACACACCAAUUAUCAUUCGCUCCUCUGACUUUUCUCCCCUUUUCAGUAGGCGCCUCCGAUCUGUGCUUGUACAUCUGGCUCCUCUCCGAAGUACUGCCCAAGAAGAUCGCCGUCGAAAAGCACACCACAUACAGUAAGUUGAAACGCUUCGCUUGGAUUUAUGGGCUGAUUAACAGAUGAUUUUCCAGUGGUCGACGAUGCCAAUUACGAGUUCGAGGAGAUGACCAAAACCGAGAACCUCGAUAAGAAGUUGUCCAAGACAACGUUGCCAUUGUGCUCGGCCACCAAUGAGGUCCAAAGUCACUACGAGAACAUGCUCGUGCAAAGACUGCGGUUUCCAAGGGAUCUGGCGGCCGAAUACAGUGAGUUCUUGUGUUUAUCUUAAUGCUUAAAAAAGCCCUAAAGUAGUUAAGUAAGGUACCAGAAAUAUUGCAGUCUAUUUUGCACUAAAAUUUGUUUUUUGCAGGCGGUGUUCUUUGCAAAUUCUUCGGCGGCCUCCACCGAGAAUUUAACACCCCAACCACCGACAAUUUCCACGAGGCCUUCAGAAUCCGCGGCUCGCACACCUACUUCCAACAGGACGGACGCUUCGAAGGCCUGGAGAACUCGGACUACGCCCAGCGAGAGUUCGACUCCAAGUUCUUCAAGUGGAUCCUCAGCGAGUUCGCGCAAUGA